GCCUGAGCUGGCUUAGUUACUUUCAUGCCUACAGUUAUAACUUUGCCACUCUAGGUGGCAAUACACAUUCACAGUAAGUUACCAUGAAUCUGGAAAAUGUUUCGGGUAUGCUUUUAUUCCAGGUUGCUACUGAAAAUUCAAGCAGUGACAUCAUGAAUGCUAAUCAUUUCCUCACUGUGAUACAUAAAUAAGGGCAGAUCAACUCACAAGUUCCUGAUCAUAAGGUGACACGAGGUUUUCAGCAGAGUGAAAACCUUGUGUCAAGGAGUUUUGAUUUAAUUCUCUCCAAAUCUCAUCCCCCAAAGAAAAAACAAACCAAAAAGCAGCUGACCAAACCCAAUUAUCAAUUUAAUACAUGGGAUUUUGUUGUUACUGCUUUGUAUCACUGUUUCCUUUAGUUAGAACUGGGGAACAGGCUUUAUCAGAUUGUGUGUUGGAUGGAAACCUCAGUUGGUGGCUGAAGGCUACGUAAAGUGUCUAAUGAUAAUAUGAGGAAGAAAAAGGAGAUGAAAAGCAGGAGAUGUGAUGCGCUGUUCCUAAUGACCGCCCAAGAACUGAGCUGUCUGCUGUGCUUUUGAAGUGACAGCUUAGACACUGGAAAUAAAGGACUAACAAAAAAGAGGCUUAAAGAUGGACAAGCAAGAUAGCACUGGUCUUAAGCCCCUUGAAAAAUGACUGAGGCGUUGGCAUGGGGACUGAGAUGCAGGCAAACCAGAGUCAAAAAGCUUAUGCUGAGUUCGGGAUACCGGUGGUCCGGUGUCCGGACGUGAGAAAGAAUUUGUCAGGGCGGAAGAAGAGCGCAGCCGGGCCCGGGAGGGGAAGCGUGUGAGCGGAGAUCUGCUCGGCCCGGCCGUCGGGCCUCCCGGGGCGGAGCGGCUGCUCGCCCGCCUGCCGUAGGGGAGCGUGGCGCUGGUGGCAGCGUGCACCUGGCAGGGCUGGGGGCAGACAGCACCUGCUCACCGAGGAGUCAGGGUAAAGGACGGAGCCGCGCCCGCCCCGCGGGACAAGGAUCGCGGGCCCGGGGCAUGGCGGCGUGGCGGGACCUGCUGCUGUCGCCGCUGGGCUCCGUGUGCCGCGGGCACCGCUGGGGACACGGCUGGCAGCCCCCGCACCGCGAGCGCGCCGACCCGCAGCCCCCCAAAUCUUGGAUCGAAGAGGUCUUCAGUAAAAGAGAAUGUGUGCACAUUAUUCCCAGCUCAAAAGAUCCACACAGGUGUUGCUGUGGACGGCUGAUUGGAGAACACCCAGGAAUAGAAUACAGCUGGCCUGCUUAUCAGGCUGGUUCACAGAGUGAUGGUGGAGAAUGGUGUGUGCAAAAACACACAAAGAUGAGUCCAACAGAUGCUUUUGGUACAAUCAAUUUUCAAGAUGGAGACCACACUUACCAUGCCAAGUAUAUUAGACUUUCUUAUGAUAGCAAUUUGGAUCAGCUGUUGCACCUGAUGGUUAAAGAAUGGCAGAUGGAAUUGCCGAAGCUAGUGAUUUCUGUUCAUGGAGGCAUUAAAAAUUUCAAGCUCCCCUCAAAAGUCAAGCAGGUUUUCAGCAAAGGGCUGGUGAUGGCAGCUGAGUCUACAGGAGCAUGGAUAAUUACAGAAGGCAUCAACAGCGGAGUGUGCAGGCAUGUGGGGGAUGCGCUGAAAGGCCGUGCCUCACCACACCUGAGAAAGAUCUGUGCUAUUGGCAUUCCUCCAUGGGGUAUCAUUGAGAAUCAAAGUGAUCUCGUUGGAAAAGAUGUAGUUUGCCUGUACCAGACUCUUGGUAACCCACUCAGCAAGCUGAGUACGCUCAACAGCAUGCAUUCUCAUUUUCUAAUGGCAGAUGAUGGAACAGUAGGCAAGUAUGGGAAUGAAAUGAUGCUCAGGAGGAAUUUGGAGAAGUACAUAUCACUUCAAAAAAUACACACGAGAAUGGGCCAAGGUGUACCCAUAGUGGGGCUGGUGCUGGAGGGAGGCCCCAGUGUGAUCCUGAUGGUGUGGGAGUAUGUCAGGGCCAGCCCGGCUGUCCCGGUGGUGGUCUAUGAGGGCACUGGCAGAGCUGCGGAUAUCCUGGCAUUUACCCACAAACACACGGGUGAUUCGGGGGAUCUGAGCCCUCAGGUGAAGAAUGAGAUCUUAAUGAUGAUUCAGAACAUAUUUGGAUUGGAACAGAAACAGUCCAGUCAUCUAUUUCAUGUUCUGAUGGAAUGCAUGAAACACAGAGAGUCUAUAACCGUAUUUGAUGCGGAGUCAGAAGAUGAGCAGGACAUUGAUUUGGCAAUUCUGACAGCACUCUUGAAAGGUACGAAUAUGUCUGCUUCAGAUCAGCUAGAUUUGGCAUUGGCCUGGAACCAGCUAGAUAUUGCCAAGAAACACAUACUUGUUUAUGGACAACACUGGAAGGUUGGUGCCUUGGAACAGGCAAUGCUGGAUGCUUUAGUCAUGGAUCGUGUGGAUUUUGUUAAACUAUUGAUAGAAUAUGGAGUGAACAUGCACCGUUUUCUUACCAUAUCUCGCUUGGAAGAACUCUACAAUACGAAACAAGGACCAUCAAAUCUGCUUUUACACCAUCUAGUUCGAGAUGUGAAACAGAAUAGCCUUUCUUUGGAUUACAAGAUAUCACUGAUUGACAUUGGACUGGUGAUAGAGUACCUCCUUGGUGAAGCGUAUCGGAGCAGCUACACAAGGAAGCAUUUCCGAAUUCUCUACAACAAUCUCUACAGAAAACACAAGGUAGCUUCUUCCAAAACACUGGAAAGAUCCAGCCCUUUCCCAAAGUACAAAAAGAAAUCAAAAGAGGAUAUAAACUGCACAGAGAAUUAUGAGUCAACUGGCUUCAUCUACCCCUAUAAUGACCUCCUGGUGUGGGCAGUACUAAUGAAAAGACAGAAGAUGGCUAUGUUCUUCUGGCAGCAUGGAGAGGAAGCCAUGGUCAAAGCUGUUGUUGCUUGUAAACUCUACAGAGCAAUGGCACAUGAAGCUAAACAGAGCAACAUGGUGGAUGACACUUCAGAAGAACUCAAGAAGUAUUCAAAGGAAUUUGGGCAGCUUGCCUUAGAUGUGCUGGACAAAGCAUUCAAACAAAACGAGCAGAUGGCCAUGAAGUUGCUGACCUAUGAACUGAAAAACUGGAGCAACUCCACUUGCUUAAAGCUGGCAGUGUCUGUGGGGCUGAGGCCUUUUGUGUCCCACACGUGCACACAGAUGCUGCUGACCGACAUGUGGAUGGGACGCCUGAAGAUGCGGAAGAACUCCUGGUUUAAGGUCAUUAUGAGUAUUCUCCUGCCUCCCACCAUCCUGAUGCUGGAGUUUAAAAGCAAGGCAGAAAUGUCUCAUGUGCCUCAGUCUCAAGACUGCCACCAGUUAUGGUAUCAUGGGGAGCAAAGCCCAAUCAGCUCUAAAGAUACUUUGAAGGGUUAUGAUGUGGAAAAGGCUGUUCAGAAGUCUGAUGAAAGCCAAGCGGAUGGUGGACAAGGAAGCCUGCCUGGAACUAGAAAAAUCUAUGAGUUCUACAAUGCACCAAUUGUCAAGUUCUGGUUUCACACGAUGUCGUACUUGGCAUUCCUCAUGCUCUUUACUUACACUGUGUUGGUGAAGAUGGAACCAAGACCAAGCGUGCAAGAGUGGCUUGUCAUAAUUUAUAUUUUCACUACUGCUAUUGAAAAAGUCAGGGAGGUAUUUAUCUCAGAACCUGCAAAAUUCUGCCAGAAGGUGAAGGUGUGGAUUUAUGAAUACUGGAAUUUUACUGAUUCUGUAGCUAUCAUCCUGUUUAUGAUUGGUUUCGGUUUGCGCUGGUCCAAGCCCCCUGUUCAAACUGCAGGCAGGCUCCUUUACUGCUUGGAUAUUAUAUUUUGGUAUACUCGGCUCCUUGAUCUUUUUGCUGUGAAUCAGCAUGCUGGCCCAUACCUGACAAUGAUAGGGAAAAUGGUAAGAAAUAUGUUCUAUAUUGUCAUCAUGAUGGCCAUAGUCCUGCUGAGUUUUGGGGUGUCACGAAAGGCAAUUCUUUCACCAGAAGAGCCUCCUUCUUGGACACUGGCACGAGAUAUUGUAUUUCAGCCCUACUGGAUGAUGUUUGGUGAGGUCUAUGCUGGAGAAAUAGAUGUUUGUGAAACCAGUGAAGACUGUCCUCCUGGCUCCUUUCUCACACCAUUCCUGCAAGCUGUCUACCUCUUUGUGCAGUACAUCAUCAUGGUCAACUUGCUCAUUGCAUUCUUUAAUAAUGUUUAUUUUGAUCUGAAAUCCAUAUCGAACAAGCUCUGGAAGUACAACCGUUACCGCUACAUCAUGACCUACCAUGAGAAGCCGUGGCUGCCUCCACCAUUCAUCCUCCUGAGUCACAUUGGGCUCCUGAUAAAAUGCAUCUUCCACCACCAGCCCCCAAAUGAGUUGGACCAAGAGGAAGGCGAUGUCGGACUAAAGCUUUACCUGAGUGAUGAGGAGCUAAAGAAGCUCCAUGACUUUGAAGAGCAGUGUGUAGAAGAAUAUUUUCAUGAAAAAAAUGAAAAUCUGAGUUCCAGUGGCAGUGAAAGGAUCCGUUUGACCACAGAAAGGGUGGAAGAGAUGUUUCAACAACUUAAAGAAGUGCAUGAGAAGGUGUUUUAUAUUAAGGAGUCUUUACUCUCCCUGGACAGCCAGCUAGGACAUUUGCAAGACCUCUCUGCCCUGACAGUGGAUAUCCUGAAAGUGCUUUCAGCUGUAGACACCUUGAAGGUGGAAGAAGCCUUAUUGGCUGACACAAAACAUAAAACCUGUAGGAAGCUGCCCCAUAGCUGGAGCAAUGCAUUCUAUUCCAAGACCUUGAGCAGCCUGGAGGGCUUGUGUGACAAGAAAUACCACUAUUACAGCAUGCCACCCUCCCUCUUACGGAGCCUGGUGAGGACUCAGUCUCCAUCAGAGUGCAAACUCUUCAAGUCUGUGAGUAAUGAGGUGGUAGAAGACAACUCUCAAAAGGUAGAAAUAGAAACAGAUACGCUCACUUCAGGAGUAUCCUCUGAGACCAAGUCAACUCCUAGGUAUGGGCAGUUCUUGCUAGUGCCCCCCAACCAUCAGGGAGGGUCUUUUUCUGAGGAUGUCACCUUAAAUUUGUCCUUUUUGAACACUGCUGCCAACUACAAGGAUGAAGCAUUCAGAGACAACCUGCAAAGUAGCAUUGUGGUUCAGCAAAACUUGCCAGGUAUCAGCUUCCUUGGAAAAGAGACAGAAGGUUAUCAGUGGAGCCAGGGAGACUUGGUGACUAAUUUGCCAGCAGAAAAGACUAAUGCUGCAGAAGCUGCUUGUCCUCUUGAUCUCCAGCUACAGCUGGAUAUUGAAGGAAGUGCAGCAUGCCCCUGCAAUGACAGGGAAGAAACAGAAGGUGGCUAUGUGAACUGGGGAUUCUCUGAAGGUGAUGAAAAAGGAGUUUUCAUCUCAGAUUCAACAAAGAAAGCUCUGUACCUACAUUCCUCCUAUGACAGGGAGAACAAUUGCCAGAAUAUACCUGCCAGGCAUGUCCAGUUAAGUGAUUCGAAGUCCUUCUCCUACAGCUCUGUCAAGUCAUGUCCCAGCAGCAGCAGCAUCUCUCAGAACAAGCUGAAGCAAAGCAUCUCCUUCUGGAUCAGCCCUCUCUGGAGGGACUGGAGUUUCUGCAGAAGCAACAGCUUACCAUCCCCUAAGAAAGAGAGAUCAGGGAAAAUCUGCAAGGCGAUAGGCGAAUCUUUAGGAUCCUGGGAGCUACACCACAGUGGGGCAGCAAAAGCAAAACACCAAAACAGAGACAGAAAGUCUGGGAGAGGAAAGAGGAAUCAAAAACCUCUUCAGGUGCCGGUGAUUAGAGUGAAUGAUUGUCCCCAGAACACUCAAGUGAACUCAGAGCCUGCAGAGAUCAAUGCCUGGGAUGAGCAAGAGAGACACAGCAAGAAUUGGCUCACUGUGUCUAAUUUCAGUCAGCUAAGUUUGGAACGUCUCCAUUACAAACACCAGAAAAUUAAAAAUCCAGAUGUUGGUAGGCAUACCAUACCAUUUUGUGAUUACCUGAGACAUUCUCGAGAGGAUUUCAGUAAUAGCAUAUUUGGAAACACCAAGAAAAGCAAUCUGAACAGGAACUCCUCAUUGAGAACUCCAGAGGAAACUGACAAUAUCUUCUCCAGCUUGAAAACAUCUCAAGACUUGCAUCUUCACUACUCAGCUGUUGAAAGAAACAACUUAAUGAGACUUGCUCAGACCAUACCAUUUACACCAGUCCAACUCUUUGCUGGAGAGGAAGUGACAGUCUAUCAGCUAGAGGAAAGUUCACCUAUGAAUCUUGAUAAAAGCAUGUCUUCCUGGUCCCAGUGUGGCACAACUGCAAUGAUCCAAGUCCUGUCACGGGAGGAGAUGGAUGGGGGUCUGCGGAGGGCCAUGAAGGUCAUUUGUACUUGGUCUGAGAGUGAUGCAUUAAAGUUGGGACAAGUAUUUAUUGUGAAGUCUUUCCUGCCAGAGGUGGUUCAAACUUGGCAAAAGAUCUUUCACCAUGGCACAGUAUUACAUCUCUGUCUGCGGGAGAUUCAACAGCAAAGGGUUGCCCAGAAGUUAAUCUAUACCUUCAACCAAGUGAAGCCUCAUACUAUUCCCUAUACUCCAAGGUUCCUGGAAGUUUUCCUCAUCUACUGCCAUUCUGCAAACCAGUGGCUGACCAUCGAGAAGUACAUGACUGGUGAAUUUCGGAAGUACAACAACAACAAUGGAGAUGAGAUUACUCCCAUCAGUUUGCUGGAAGAGCUGAUGCUGGCCUUCUCUCACUGGACCUAUGUCUACACCCGUGGGGAACUCCUUGUCCUGGAUUUGCAAGGUGUUGGGGAAAACCUUACAGAUCCAUCUGUGAUUAAACCUGAAGACAAAAAGUCUGGAAAGAUGGUAUUUGGACCAGCAAAUCUCGGAGAAGAUGCAAUAAGAAAUUUCAUUGCAAAGCAUCGUUGUAAUUCUUGCUGCAGAAAGCUGAAACUUCCCGAUUUGAGAAGAAGCAACUACACGUUGGAAAUUGCCGGUCCAGCCUUUGGAAUAGAAAUGGAAACAAGCACCAAAGAAGCUGAUGAUGCAGAUGAGCCUUCUGAGUACGACACGCAGCUGUGAAGCAGAGAGCCCAUGUGUUUGCAUGCUUCAAACUUAUGUUUGAAGUCCCUUAUCACUGCCAAGACUUUGGCCAAAGUCACAGAAUGAAGGUGACUGAGUGCAGCAAUGCUGGCUAAACUCUAUAGACAAGGAAUGAAAAAAAAUCAGCUUUAUUUACUCCCUUUCCAUGAUCUUGUGCUGGCCUUUCUUGUACAGAUUAGUGAAUUCCAGGAGCAGGUCAUGCCUUACCUGGAUGAACUGUCCCAUCAGUGCCUUUUUUGUUAUAAUGUGGAUCAUAGUUCCAGAUUGCACUUUCUUAAGAAAAUAACUGUGACAAGUUUAUUUCCAAGUGGUAAUAAUUUUUGUUUCUCCUUCUGCUCUUUAGUAAAUAAAUGAAUGUAUACACAUGCAAAUAAUUAGCUUUCAGUGAGAGCCCACUCAGCCCUGUGCUCACUUUUCUUGAACAUAAAAGGCUCUCCAGGAAAUUGCAGAGAUACUACUUUCUCUUUAUUAUUGAUUUUGAUGCAGACACAAACCAAGAAUAGAUGAGUAAUGAAUUUUUGGUUUAAAAAGUAGUCAUAACAGACUGAAAAAAAUUGUGGGAACUUUGUCUUCAGUUCUUUUCACAUACCAAGAAAAAGUUGCACAAUGAAGUGGCAGAUUAUUGGACUCACAAGCAUCAAUUUUCCUCAUUUUGAGUUCAUGAAGUUGAAUUUUCUGUGGUCUUUAAUAUAAACAUCUAGAAUGUCAUUUGGUUUUUAGGACUUGCCUGUCUUUAUAAUAUUUUAGCUUCUGAAUGUUUUAAAAUUGCACUUGGAAAAAAGGUGUUAGAAAUCACAAAGAAUAGUUUGUUCCUUUUGGUGUUUGACUUGCCAGUGUCAGGGUGAAUGUAGGACUGUUGCCUAACAGUGGUGCAAUUAUAUUAGGCAGCAUCCACAUUUGUUUCUGUUGAUGUCCUCUGAUCACAAUUGAAGUUCAGAAAACAGACAAAUCAAUCUGUGCAAUAUGAUUUUUAUUGAGUAAAGGCUAAAAAAAAUUUUUCAGCAGAAGUAUUUCUAACACAACUGGUGUUCCAAUACAGGUCACACCAUUAAAGCAACUUUGAUGUUAAGUAAAAAAUCUGAUGUUCAAAUGUCAGUCAUUAGGAAAUUUUAUACUUGAAUAAAAAAAAAAAAAUCAUAUUUCCACUACAGCUGACAGUAAACUUUAAGGUUUAAGGGGGAUUUUUAUUAUUAUUUGUGAUUUAUUUGGUAUAUUUAGUGUCUACAUAUACACAGGAUUUGGUAGUUACAUGUUCCCAGUUUUUAUAUUGAUUAUGAUUAUGAUGUUGAAGUAAUCAGCACUGUAAACAGUCAUUGAAGUAAUCAUCUACAUAAUGUUCAUCUGAGAUGCCUCCAGUUUCUGAGAACAUCCAGAAGAGGUUCCUACCGGGUUUUCUUCUUUUUAACAUGAUUUUA